GUAUUGGGAAACUGACAACUGUUUUUAUUGUCAGUAAUUUCCCAGCGUAACAUGUCUUCCAACUCUGUACCACAUCGAAACUUCCGAAACAAACAUGGCUUCACUACGCUUCCCUUUCAUCUUCUCCAACCCCAAACCCCCUCAAUCCCCACGUCCUUUCUCCAAAUUCGCUGCCGCAGCUGCCACCGCCGGAGCCACCGCCGCAGUCAUCGCCGUCUCCUCCAAUGACCGCCACCGUCUCUUUCUCCAGAAUGCAUUGAAUUCGUUCCUCUCUUCAAACAAUUCCUUGCCUCUUUGGGGCUCCCUCAGUUUAGCAGACAGUGGGGUUCCAGUUGUUGACUCCAAGACCGGAUCCUCGUUCCCUUCGAUUCUAGAAGAUUCUCAGAAACUAUGCGGAAUUGGUUUGCGGAGGAAGUGCGUUUUAGGUUUAAAGAACAUUGAUGUAUAUGCAUAUGGUGUUUAUGCUGAUGAUGAUGAAAUAAAGAAAUAUCUUUCUGACAAGUAUGGGAAAUUUUCGGAGGAUCAGUUUAAGGGCAAUAAGGAGUUUACUGAAGAUCUUCUGGAGAAUGAUAUACAUAUGACAGUGAGGCUUCAGAUUGUUUAUGGUAAGUUGAGCAUUCGUUCGGUGCGUAGUGCGUUUGAAGAGUCUGUUGGAAGCAGACUCAUAAAAUAUGGGGGACCGGAUAAUAAAGAGUUGCUUCAGAGGUUUACUUCGCAGUUUAGUGAUGAAAUCAAAAUACCUCGCGGGUCUGUAAUUCAUCUUGUAAGAGAGAAGGGCCAUGUUCUUCGUACAACAAUUGACGGACAGGAAGUGGGAAGCAUCCAGAGUAAACUUCUAUGUAGAUCAGUCCUAGAUUUAUAUGUUGGCGAGGAAUCAUUUGAUAAACAGGCCAAAGAAGAAAUAGAACUCAAUAUGGCUUCUUACCUUCAAUAGACUGCUAAAUAAAAAUCUUCUGUAAUGUAAGACAUGGGUUCAAUCCUUGUUAAUUCCAUGCCUCUAGUAAGUUUUGUUUGAUAUCGUGUAAGUUAUUCAAUCUUGUUGAUGUAUCCCUUGCGCUUCCAGAUUGCUAUACCAUGAAUUUAUUCAUAUCUCA